AUGGACCAUUCUCAGAUGGACCACGGUGACCACAUGCACGGAGGCCACGGCGACAUGUCCAACCAGUGCAGCAUGAACAUGCUGUUCACAUGGGACACGGAGAACCUCUGUAUCGUGUUUCGCCAGUGGCGCAUCAGCUCGACACCCUCCCUGCUCUUCUCCCUCGUGGCCGUUGUCUUCCUCGCGACCGGCUACGAGGGCCUGCGGGCGCUGUCCAAGAAGUACGAGCUCGCCACCGCGCGGCGCAUCCAGUCCAUCCCCACGUUGGUGGGCGCAGGGCAGAACCAGAACCAGGCUGAGCAGAGGGCGCAUCUGAUCAAGGGCUUGCUGUACGCGCUGCAGAUUUUCUACGCGUUCAUGCUCAUGCUCAUCUUCAUGACGUACAAUGGCUGGGUGAUGAUUGCCGUGUCGCUGGGCGCAUUCAUUGGGUACGUCGUCUUUGGCCAGACAACGUCCUCCACCAAGGACAAUGCCUGCCACUAG